AUGACACCUGAUGAAAGGAAGCGUGAGUAUGAAUUAAGGAAAAAGGCUCGCGAGCGUAACAAUGAUAAGCAAAGCGAGAGAAGUUUACAAGGAGCACGCCACGCUAGAAGUACAGUCUACAAAGGGCACUUGAAGUUCGCGUCGGGUGACUAUUCCAUCGAAGAUGAAGACCGUUCGGGACGCCCAAUGGAGUUGGAUUUGGACUUCCUGCAGAGACAGAUGGAAGCCAAUCCGUAUCAAACCACUCGCGAACCGACAGUCGCUCUUGGGGUGAGUCAAACCACAGUUGUUCGCGGAUUGAAGUCAAUCGGCAAGGUGCGAAAACUAGGUCGAUGGAUACCACAUGCUCUGACGUAG